ACCGGAGAGAUGCAUUGACUAUGAUGGCAGCUAGGGGAUUUCAGCUAGUUCAGCUGCCUUAAAUAUCCGAUCGAUAAUUCUCAGCUGCUCGACUCUGGGGACACCUAUUUCAUUAGAAAGAAACUCUGCGAGCAACUUUGUAUGCCUAACCUUGCUGCAUGGUAAUAGGAAAUCGGAGCGCGAGACCUCUAACUGUUUCUCAGUAACAAUGUUUAUCCUGUGACAAGUAAUUUGGUACCUUGACAACUGGCCAUAUUGCUUGGGAUUUUGCCAUUAAAAGUUGACGUACAUCAGCAAAAAUCCAGAUACAUAAACGGAAUGAGGAAGCGAAAUCGAUGGGAACGCCGGGAAACUACGGCGUUUCCGUUAUUGAACACCAAGCAAGGAGGCGAACUCCAUCACAAAAUCUUCUGGAAAACCAGCAACCGAUUCUCCACAUCAUCCCCAAGGGAUUUCUCGGAUCUUCCCCAAGAACUGGUAACCAAAAUCGGUGCGUCGCUCAGCUACGGCAACCUAAAAGCGGCGUCGUUGGUGUGCAAGUCGUGGUGCGACGCGCUUCGGCCGGCGAGAAAGGCCAUGAAGUACAAAGAAUACGAGCGUUGGGGAAAGCAGUUCAAGCAAGGCCUCUGUGGUUUUCUACCUAAUAUACACAAUGCUCUCAAGAUGUUCUUGAAGGCUGCGGAGUACGGAUCAACAAGGGCUAUGGUAGACGCCGGACUGAUAUAUUGGAAGAGAGGCGAGAAAGACAAGGCCUGUGAUUUGUAUCGGAGAGCUGCGGAGCUCGGAGACCGGAAUGCGCAGUUCAAUUUGGGACUUUCAUAUGUGCCAGUUCAACCUCCUCCAGAGGAAGCUAUAAAGUGGUUAUCUCUUGCUGCUUUUCAAGGCCAUGCCGGAGCUCAAUACCAACUUGCACAUUGUCUGCGUCAGGGUGGGAACAUGGAAGAAGCGGCCGGGUGGUGUUUGAGAGCCGCAGAAGGUGGUUAUGUACGUGCUAUGUAUAAUGUAUCCAUGUGCUACAAGUAUGGGGAAGGGUUAGUUCAGUGUGAUCACCAAGCAAGAAAGUGGAUGAAGUUGGCAGCUGAUUGUGGCCACAUUAAAGCUCAAGAUUAUGUACUUCGUCACCAGAAAGUUUACUCCAUCGUGUAAUGAUUGUGCUGUAUUGAGUAUUGACUUUAUUUUCCUU